AUGAGCUACAAUCUGGAUGCAGCUCGCAUCGCGUCGUUACCCGAAGAUGCAUUCUACAUAGCCGAUUUCAUCUCAGAGGAUGAGGAAGCUCGAUUACUACAAAGAGUCCAAUCAGCACCACUUCCACGCUGGACACAACUCUCACAUCGACGUCUACAAACCUGGCCAUCAGCACUUACAAAAACAAAAACACUUCUCUCAUCACCACUGCCAUCAUGGUUAACAAACCCUAUCAUAUCACCUCGCUUUGAGGCCCUGGGUAUUUUCGCCGAUGCACCACACGGCGCUCCGAAUCAUGUUUUGAUUAAUGAGUAUCAACCCGGACAGGGAAUCAUGCCACACGAAGAUGGGGCAGCAUAUUACCCACUUGUGGCGACUGUUAGUCUAGGUGCACCGAUUAUUCUUGACAUCUACUCGAAGAAUGGGAACUCCGAUAGUGCGACUCAUAUAGGAGAUGAGCGCAAACCACAGUUCCGGAUUCUACAAGAGAGACGAAGUUUACUAGUUAUGCGAAAGAGGGUAUACUCUGACUUUUUGCAUGGGAUUGCCGAGACAGUCAUAGAUGAGGAUCUUGGUCCACAUUCUAUCUGUAAUUGGGAUCUGUUGAGAGAGCAGGAGCCGUAUCGGGAUGGGUCUGUGACACGACAAACGAGAACAAGUCUGACCUAUCGCGAUGUGCUUCAGGUUGCGAAGAUGGGGAAUACACUGAAAUUCUUAAACAAGUGA